AUGGUUGACAGGCCUGGGAACCUCGCCUCCAAGAGGAGCCAGUCCAUCAACCUGAACCAUUAUGCCACCAAGAAGAGCGUGGCAGGGAGCGUGCUGGACGUGGCUCUCUUCAUGUCCAACGCCGCGCGGCUGAAAGUGGUGCUGGAGCAGGGGCCGUCCUCCCAGCACUACACCACCCGCGUCACCCUCAACAGCCUCUCUCUGCUCCUGCAGGUGGCCAUCGGAAUCCUCCUCACGGUCGUAGCACAGCUGAACCUCAAUGAGGUAGAAAAGCAAUGGUGACUAAACCAGCUCAACAACGCUGCCACCACCUUGGUCUUCAUCACUGUUGUCAUCAAUGUCUUCAUUACAGCCUUCGGGGCUCAUAAGACAGGGUUUCUGGCUGCCAGGACCUCAAGGGAUCCUCUCUGAACACAGCCUG